AUGAACGGACAGUACAAAUCCAAUCCAUUCGUGUUUCAUCAUUAUAACGUGAACUUUUUAUCCGUGUAUAUCGACGGACACCCUAUACCGGGCAAACCACUGGAGCUCGAUUUUGAUUCGAACAAUUACAUAAGAGCUUAUCAUAGUCUGUUUUCAGGAUUUAAUCGAGACAGAGGGAGCAGAGGGAUUUAUUUAUCAAGAGAUGAUUUUUCUGCCGGUCAUGCCUUAUAUGCAUUUGAUUUGACACCAGACUUGUGCAACGAUUCUCAUCUGAACCUACAACAACAAGGCAAUUUACGAGUAGAAUUAAAGUUUUCGAAAGCUCUGACUGAAACUAUUUCGGUACUUAUUUAUGCUGAAUUUGAAAACGUGAUUGAGAUAAACAAAUCUCGGCACGUAUUAUGUGAUUUCACAAAUUAA